AUGUCUUACUAUGAGCAGUGCAAACAGCCCUGCCUGCCCCCUCCCAUUUGUGUGCAGAAAUGCUCCACCAAGUGCGUGGAGCCCUGCAACACGGUGUGCGUGGAGCCCUGCGGCAGCGUCUGCGUGAACCCAUGCUCCACGCCGUGCGUGGAGGUCUGCCCAGCGCCCUGUGCCACCCAGUGCACCACGUCCUGCACUACCCAGUGUGUGGAGCCUUGUGCCACCCAGUGCACCACGUCCUGCACCACCCAGUGCGUGGAACCUUGUGCCACCCAGUGCACCACAUCCUGCAGCACCCAGUGUGUGGACCCCUGCAGCACCCAGUGCGUGGAGGUCUGCCCCCCUAAGUGCAUUGAUGUCUGCGUAAAGCCAUGUGCCCCUCAGUGCCCAACCCAGUGCGUGGAGCCCUGCAUCACCCAGUGCUGCACCAAGUGCGUGGAGCCCUGCCCAGUCCCAUGCGUGGAGGUCUGUGCCACCAAAUGUGUUGAUUCAUGCGAGACCGUGUGCCUGGAGCCAUGCAGCACGGGCUGCUCUCACCCAUGCUGA